AUGGACAGUACUUUUACCAAACUACUGAAUUGCAAUGGCCAGUCUAUCACGCAUAUUGAUGUCAAAGUUCAGCCCGGCGACGUCCAUUUACUCGAAAAACUCUUGAUCCGUUGCCCAAAGCUCAAAAUCAUCAAGUAUCAGCAACGACAACUAUCACAGGAGGCCCAGCAACCAUUCCAUGAUAAAUGCGCCUUUAGUGAAAACUUACUUGAUCAACAACAACAAGACCAACAGCGACCACUAUUUUCAUGUCUAGAAUCGAUCACUAUCAACGGCGUUGCACCUAUUCAUCAAUUACUGAAUAAUGACAUUGAUAUUCCCAAUCUUCGAUAUCUCAACAUCUUUUGCCCGUAUAACAACAAUCUCGAAUACAUACGGGAUCAAGGCUGGCCUCAACUACGGUUUUUGCAAUUGAUGGGAAUCCUAUGGACGCCUGAACUACUUUCCAAUCUAUCUAAAGCAAUCCUCAACAUGCCGCUGUUGGAAUCUAUCCAUUUCAUCUCCAACAUCCCUUCUACUAAUGAGCUAUACACUGCAAUUGCGGGUCUCGAGCAUUUAAAAGCACUCUUCAUUGAUAAUCAGCGCUAUUACACUGGGGAGCUACGAGAAGAAGACGAAGUGUUCCAAGACACCGAAGAAGGGUUGCUGUGCUUGCUGAGAGGGAAAUGUAGACAGAGUCUACAAAAAUUGCAGCUAAACGCUGUGAAUGUGCUUACGGACCGAAUACUGGAUGCCAUACCCGAUUGGAGCGACCGAAUGACGUGUUUGAGCCUUGUUUUGCGCGUCUCAGGUCGACGACAAUGGCAACUACAACAACAACGACAAGGGACAAAUCAUGGUGGUGGUGUUGGUCUGUUGACCGAUCUUGGUCUGCGCCGUUUCGCUUCUUCUUUGUCAGAAAACAAAAUGGAUUACCUCGGUCUGUUUAUGGAAUUCCGAGUGGCAACUCCGGAUACGAUUAUGUUUAUCCUCGACAAGCUCGGACCCAACUUUGCCUCAAAUGUUAUUUAUAGUGAUAUAGUAGGAUGUAAGCGAUACUUGAAGAUAUCAAGCGAUGGAAUAUGGAGUGUACAUGACCGAAACGGUCUAAUAAAGCGUCUGCGAUAA